AGCUGCAGGAAAGCAGCUCUCACAAUGACAUGGAACUCAGUUACCCCGCCCUGGGCGUGAGACAGUCUGGCUCUCAGUGACAGCUCAGACAAUAUGCUGGUGAGACACAGAGGAGGAGUAAAUCCCCAGAAGUUUUCACACACACGCAUGGUUGAGAUGGUUCACUGAAAACCUCUGGACGGACUCAUUUCUCUGUGUGGACACUGAACACAACUGCUUAACAAACAUGAACAAACUUGCAAAGGCUCUGUAUGACAACACUUCAGAGCGUGCAGAUGAGCUGGCCUUCAGAAAAGGGGACAUCGUCAUGGUGAUGGAUCAAAAUGUGGCCGGCACCAGCGGAUGGUGGAUGUGCUCUCUUUAUGGGCGGCAUGGCCUAGCCCCUGCAAAUAGACUGCAGCUUUUACCACAAACUAGAACCACUGCAGGCUCCUCAAGCCAUGUCACAGAAAAACUCAAAUUAAUUGAUGCUAAAAUUGAUGAGAGUGCACAAAAUAUCUACCAGAUCCCAAGUGUACCCCGAACUUCCAGCAGCCCAGCUUAUGAACGCAUGGACAUGAUCUACAAGGUUCCGUCCACUCCUUUAUCAGCUGCAAAAAGUCCAGUCCCAUUUGCACUUAAGCACAGCACAGAAGGACCUGAGGGAAACAAGCCUUCAUUCUUCAGCAUAGGGUCCAGUCCAAAAGGGGAGGUUUACGAUGUUCCGAGCCAAGCAAGACGAGCUUCUCUUUUCACUGCAUCAACAACUGCAAGGCCACGAACACACUCACUGCUUCCAAAUUCGGAGCUGGAGAAAAAAUUUGAUUCUACGGAGAGUUUAAGGUUUAGCAGUCCAGAAGAGUCUUAUGUGUAUGCAGUUCCACCACCUUUGCCUCAGGACCCAAACUAUGACAUCCCUAUUCCCUCAGCCACAGAGGCCCAACAGAAAAUGAUCAGUGGAUACAGCACCCUUCCCCACCCCCAUAAGCCUGAGUGGAUUUAUGAUGUGCCAGUGGGUCCUGAUAAACAAAGUCCACCCCAAGGCUCCUAUGAUACCAUGCCCGCCAAAGCUGUUUGCAGGCAGCUCUAUGACACUCUUCCAGCACAUGCUUGGCCCAUUCAAAGAGGCAGUCCAACUCCCUCGCUUUAUGAUAUACCAAAACCCAGUUCUCUUGACAUCCCGAGUCCACCCAAAGUGCUGCCAAGGGUCCCGAUUUAUGACAAGCCCCUAACUCAGAGGCUCACAGAGGAGUUAGUCUAUGCGAUUCCACCCCAGGAGGAACCUCUCACCCGAGUUCUCAGUGAUCCCCCCAGUGAUCAUAUACCCCUAGAGUGCAGGGGCGACUCAAGCAAUGCUCAUGAACUCACAAGGGUACAUCUGCAGCGAAUGAGGAACUUCCUGGCCUGUACAUCUUUCCGUGACCUUCCAGGAAGUGGGGAGUCACUGGCGCAGGAGGACGACGAGCAAGGUAGAACCUUACGUCUGUCUGCAGCAGACAGUCAAAGAAUCAGCACGGCCUCCAGCUCCUCCACCAGCUCCUGUGACUCUCUGGCUCUGAGCUCCUCCUCUCCAGAGCCUCUGCGAGAAGUAACGCUCAGCCAGGACGAGGCCUGCCACAGACUUCUAGACCUGCAGGAGUCCGUUUGCAGGGCGGUUCCCCGUCUCAUGGACUUUGUCAGUAGUCACUGGAGGAGCAAAGAACAUCUGGAGAAACACCUGAAGGAGAUCAAAGAAGCAGCAGAGGGGAUUGCAUGUUCUCUGACGUCCUUCCUAAACUUUGCCCUGGAUGUAAAAGGCAAUGCCCGCCGUUUGACCGAUGCCAACCUUCAGACGAGGCUCUAUAAACAGCUGUCCAUCGUAGAAGACUCAGGUGUGAUCCUACAACAAACAGUUAGUGCUCUGAACAUGGCUGGCUGGCCCUUCAAUACGCUUUGUCAAGACCCGGGGCAGGUCCAGACACCUGACCAACUGGAACGCUUUGUUAUGGUGGCACGUACUGUUCCAGAGGACGUCAAGCGCCUAGUGUCCAUCAUCAAUGCCAAUGGCAAGCUUUUGUUCAGGGUCACUCAGAAAGAUCCAGAUACAAAGAAAAGUCCUGAUGGAAGUGAACAAGGAGGGGAUUUAGUGGAGGAUGACAACGACUAUGUAGAGCUACAGACUAAGAAUGAUUUUGAAAAGCAGCAGGAGGAAGUGCAGAAGGAACCAAAAGAAAAUAACAAGGCACAGGCUGACAACAAGUGUCACUCCUCUCAGUCCAGCAGUGGCACAGAAGAACACCGACCAUCCUUCUUGUCAGAUCACUGCCGACUUUACUUUGGCGCUCUCCAGAAGGCCAUAUUGGGAUUUGUGGGCAGUCUUCAGGAUGGCCAGCCACCAGAGAAAUUCAUCUCACAAAGUAAGCUGGUAAUCAUGGUGGGCCAAAGAUUGGUGGACACCCUGUGCAGGGAGGCCCAACGUGGAGGGUCCAGCCAGAGCCUCCUGUGUAAAAGCAACCACCUGUGUGUUCUCCUGAAGCAGCUUGCUGUGGCCACCAAGAAGGCAGCACUGCAUUUCCCGGAUAGUCAAGCUCUGCACGAGGCACAAGAGUUUGCAAAGGAACUGGCCCAAAGAGCACAGCACUUUCGGAUAUCGCUUGACCUCUGAGAGCACACAUAUCAAGCAUAAUGAUUUGUUUGUACAGCAAAAGACAUUGGUUUAUUCAUCAGUCAUUUAGCUAUCUGUUUCCUUUUUCAUUAAUUUCAUAGUCAACUACCUUCAAGCUUCACUAGUCAAAAAGAUAAUUGCUUUUUGCUCAAUGUUGUUAUCAUAAUGAAUGCAGGUACUGGUUAAAAUGUUAAUGAUGGGACAAGCAGAACAAUUCAAAUAUGGAGUUGUAUUUGUACUAAAAUAAAAGACUUCUAGUGGAGUCAGAGUGAAGUUCAGAAAUAAAUUGCACAUUUAGGAUACUGUAUUCAAGCCAAUUUUAAAAUGCAAUUUUAAAUAUAUAAAGUAUAAAAUGUAAUUUGUUUUAUAUAAUUUACAACAAUUUUAUAUUCUGAAUAUUGUUUGUUAUGUGGAUUUAUGUUUUUUCUUACUUUAUUGUAUAAGAUUAUACUCUCCAGGGUAGUAGUUUGAUACAGUCUACUUUUUGUGUAUAUCUAUGUAAAUAUUCUAAAAAAUGUGUUAUGCAUUCCCAAACUUUUCUUGACAAAAGAGUGAAUACAACACAUGUUGGAUUUAUAUUGAUAUUAAAAUUAAAAUCUGAAAACUCUUUAUGUUGUUUAGUUAACAUCUAUCUGAAGCAUACAUAAAGAAAACUGUUGUGACCUCUGUAGAAAGGAUAUUUAUUUAACUGUCAAUGCAAAAUAAUUAAAAAAAAAUGUACACAGGAAGGUCAGUUUGCGAGCACUACUAAGCCUGUGAAACAAUAAAUCUGAUUAUAUCACGGCAAUCUCA